CAUGGAUCCUCUGCCACCGAUCAACAAAAUUUUCUCUAUGAUUGUGCAAGAAGAGCGUCAAAGAGAAAUCACCUCCACUUUCUUUGCACCUUUAAACCAUGCUCCUGCUGCAAUGGCUUCCAAAUACACUCCUUCUCGGACUCAAAGUCCUAAGCCACAAGGCUUUACUCGCAAGGAACGUCCACUUUGUACUCAUUGUGGACUUCUCGGUCACACCAUUGAGAAGUGUUACAAGUUACACGGCUAUCCUCCAGGAUACAAAUUCACCAAGGGCAAGCCUCUUCCUUCCUCAGCCAACCUGGUGCAUGAUUCAUCCCUACCAGAACUUCCACUCAGCUCCGAGCAGUGUCAGCAAUUAUUGACUUUACUCCGAUCUAAGUGCUCUGAUGAUGCUUCUUCAUCUGUUAAUAUCCCUGCCUCUGCUCCCACUGACAAUCAGGAUCAUCUAUUCAGUAACAUGGCCGCAACUGUCAGGAUGGAAGAUGAUUGGAUUGGGUAAAGAGCGAGGUGGUUUAUAUCAUCUCCUGCAUGACUUGGAUGAUUUCUGUGAUUCAGGUGUUCCUGCUUUAGCUUCUCUCUUUGUACCAAUAAAAACAGAUUUCAAUUCUGUUGAUUCAAAGCCUGUUGUAAAUAC